UGGAAAAAAAUAGAAUCUUUUUUUUCUUUUUUUUUUCCAAUAUUUAAUUAUAAUCUGAUUCAUUGAAUAGAUUUCGCGUUAAUAAAUGCGCUGCAAUAUAGCAUAAUUAUCUCGAAGUUGGACUAUUCCGAUUCGAUACUUCUCGACUGCACUUUCUUUUCUAUUUUAUCUACUAUCUUCGGAUAAGUGACUGAUUUAAAUUUUAAAUUUUAAAAUAAAGGAAAAUCUUCCUGUCGACGUAUCGCGUCGUGUUUCGACAAGCGAUCCCGCUCUGCGUCACAAGAGAAAUCGAGUGACAGCAUGACCCAGAGUUUCCUCGUCGAUUGUGCGAUUCACCGAAACGUGACGAGUAACUAGUUUGAAUAUGAAUUGAUCGGAAUCGAUCGACAAGAGAAGAGAAAGAUGAUUGGCGACACGGCGCAGAUCGACAGAGAGCUUGUCGAUUGGAUCGACGGCAUUCCGUUUUCGCGACCCGCGAGGAAUUUGGCGAGAGACUUCUCGGAUGCCGUUCUCACGGCGGAGGUUCUGAAGUUGUACUAUCCGCGAUACGUGGAGCUUCACAAUUAUGCUCCGGCAAAUAGCAUAAACACGAAGCGGGAGAACUGGAAGAUGCUGAAUCGAAAGGUGCUCGUGAAACUUGACAUGAAAUUGAGCAGCGACACGAUUCAUCAAUUGGCAAACGGGUCGCAAGGCGCAAUCGAGAAGCUCUUAACGAAACUGAGAAUGAAAGUUCUGAAGGACGGCAUAGAAAUUCAACGGUCGAAACUCAAAGACUCAUCGCUAGAAAGCCAUGUAGAAGGCAACGACUCGCAGACAUCAAAUAAUUACACUGGAGACAGCUUGCUUGUUGAUGAUGGCCAUCUUAAAUCAUCGGUAGGAGGUUCAAACAAGCUCGAUAGCGAAAUUUGUGAAACUAAACUGUCGAAAUUUACGUGUCUCAAACGGGGGUUCCUCGUUCUCUUUGGUUGGAUCAUUUGUUUCUUUCGUAUAUGGAACAUCUUUAGCUACUGCACACUUACUCGUUUUCGCAGACGCGACGCGCUCCCGAAUGUCACGACGAAAAGGAUUGAAGAUGCAAACAACGAAAGUGUGCAGCGUACGAUGUACACGGAGUUGAAGCAGGAGUUGCGCGAAAAGGAGGAAGUGAUAAGCACCUUGAACCACAAGAUUGCGUAUUUGGAGAGUUCGGUGAAACUUAAGGACCUGCGGAUCUCCAGUCUGGCGGCGCAGAUCCUGCAAAACGCCGUCGAGAUGGACCAAUCCGCGAAAUCCCAAUCGUUCGACGGCGCACGCGUUAAAUUACGUUCGCGAUCGCACAAUUUUCACGAGAGCAAAACGAAUUAGAAAUCCGCAGUAAUGCAGAGUCACCAAGUUGGUUGUAAAAUCAGAAAUAAAAGAUGAUGAGACUUAC